AUGGCGUUCCUUUUGCCAGGACCGGGGUUAUCAGCCAACCCCAACCUCAUCAGCGCAGCACCGCACCAGUCCCUGCCGGUGCCGGCUGGUCGCCUGCUGAUACGGAAAUUAAUUGCAGAAAAGUUGUGCAUACCUUGGAAUGAAAUACACUUGCAAAGGACAUCAAAAGGAAAACCUUUCCUGGCAAAUAACGUAUUCAGUAUCUAUUCGAAUUACAACUUCAAUGUCUCUCAUCAGGGAGAUUAUGCAGUUCUUGCAGCUGAGGCUGAGCUUCAAGUUGGCAUUGAUAUUAUGAAGACUAAUUUACCAGGUAGUAGCUCUAUUCCAAAUUUCUUUCGCAUCAUGAAGCGACAGUUUACUGAAACAGAGUGGGGUGUAAUCAAGUCUAUGAGUAAUGAAUGGAUGCAGCUGGAUAUGUUUCAUCGGCACUGGGCCUUAAAGGAAAGCUUCUUAAAGGCUGUUGGAGUCGGAAUUGGCUUUAACUUGCAAAGAAUUGAAUUUAAUGUGUCCCCAUUGCAAUUGGAAAUAGGGAAGGUGUAUAAGGAGACAAAAAUGCUUCUGGACGGAGAUAAAGAAGAAGAGUGGAUGUUUGAGGAAACCCGGUUAGAUGACCAUCACCAUGUUGCAGUGGCUCUUGGGAAACAGGAGGGAUUUGGACAGAAGCAUUCUGAUGUAUGUUCCAUGGAGCCUAACCAACCGCAGUUUACAUUAUUGACUUUUGAAGAUUUAGUUGCAUCUGGUAUUCCAGUCACACCUGAGGAUUCUGCAUAUUGGGAUAAUUUUUGUUGUAAGCAGGAGAGUCCAGUGAAACAGAACUCACAUUCAAGAUAAGAAUGCAUAUAAGAAAAAGAAAAUUGUCAAAGUUGUUAUGCUGUUACUCUACAUAAUUCAGAGUGUGGGAAUAAGUGUACAUGUGUAAAUGAAACAAGUUUUUCCUUAUUUAAACUGAUGGUCUGAUUUUCACCUUUUUAAAAUUGACAUUCUUUAUAAAUAUCUUAAGGAAGAUGUGUGUUUCCUCUCUGAAGGAAUUCUGAGUGAAAAAUCUAAGCUGACCACGUGCUUUUUCGCUUCUCCAUGCCUGUGGUUCUUACACUUCAAUAAUUACCUAUGCUAGGAACAGGGAGCAGAGCUACAAUAAUGUUGUUGAUUAGUCAACAGGUGUUUAAUGUAUAAAAAUGUGUUUCUGUACUUCAUUUAUGCUGAAGCUUAAAUUAUGAUACUGCCUUUUCUCUUACAAAAAUAAUAGUUUUAUUCUCAGAUGGAUGAAUAAAGCUAGAAGAAUUGGUACAAAUCCUUUUGCUUUUAGUAUAUAGUGUAAGUGUUUGUACAACACUGUAUUUGUGUAAUAGCAGGCUGAAGAAGUCUGAAUCUUAGUAGUCUCAGAACUACAUCUGUGCAAAACUAGUUUGAGGCAGGGAAUUAUCUUACAAGUAUUUCAUAUCCUUUUCACUUACAAUCUUUGUUAAUUAAAGCUUCCUCUGUGUAACUUAGGAUUUGAUUUUUAACAGUUUUUUGGGGUUUUGGGGGGUUGGUUUUUUGUAUUUUUUCUCUCAGCAAUAGAUAUAAGCCAAACAGCAGUUCAAUUUUCCUAGACUUGCAUUUACAUCUGUACUGUUGUAGACACUAAGUCAUGUAGGGGGAAAAAAAGACAACAAAAAAAGCCUAUUUACUUUUUUCUAAAUAGUCUCGUAACAUCUGAAGACAGAAUAUUUUAUUGUCUUACAGUGAAUUAAAAUUUCUGGAGAAGAUCUGUAGAUCUUGAGUGCAUCUUUAGAGUAUUUUGUAUUCUUUUUUAAAACAAAUCCUAUUUUGUGCCAUUACCUCUCACUUUUCUUUCUAGAAGUCAUAGAAACAUCGCGGUCCGUCUAAAUGUAAGGAAACAUACUGAACAGAAUGAGUCAUACUGAGCAGAAUGAUUUUCACAACUAAAAAGAGUUAAUUUCUGACCUACAGUUAAACAUAGAUCUUCAGUGACUUUGGGUUUGUGUACAACUUGGCUGCACCCUGUAUUCUGACUAAAGGAGAAUCUACUUGUAGUGUAACCAUUGAAGCCAUGCCUUAUUACAAAGAUAAAGAAAAAGUUUAGAGAGAGAAGUAUGAGAGUUUUACAAUAUUAUACAUGCUUUUGGAGUUUUACUGUAGAUAAUUCUGAAUUCAGAUAUGCUGUUAAUCUUUCCUACUUCUACCAGUUCUGAUUAAUAUUUUCGUUUCCAUUUCAAUGACUCUCUCAUCUUGCAUGCUAAUCAUAGUUUUUGGUGGUUUGCUGUUUUUCCUCCAAAACUGCAAAUCAGUGAAGCAGUGACUCUUCUCUCCAGACUCUACAGGGGUUAAAUUAGAUGUUCAGUAACUUCAAAUCUGAAGUUAACAGAAAUAUAGAAUAAUUUAUAUACAAAUUGUAAGUCAAGUAUUCCAGACUGUGUUUUUAAAUUAAAUACAACUUGCGAUAAAUAAUUGGCACUCCAUGGAGGCCAGAAAAGGCUAUUCAGUGGAUAUGCAAUGGUAUCAUUUACUGGGACAUGAUAUUUUUAACUGGUUCAGUUGACUCUGUCUCACUCUGUUCUACCUGAAGUGUACUAUAAUCCGAGAUGGGCAAGCAUGUGAAGGUGCUUAAGAGCUUAAGUGCUUGAGAUAACUAGAAAUGUUGUCAAGCUGAAAGGACUUGUUCUGCCACAGGUUUUGAAAGUCUGCAGAAUAAGGAGGCCUAUUCAGAGUAUGAGGGGCUGGAGAGUACUGAGCUCCAUGGCUGGCUGGCUGUUAACUGGUAUAUGCCAAUCCUCACCAGUCACUGAGGACCCCAUCAAUUGCAGCUGUACCAGCCAGUUUAAAUUGCCAACUUUUUUGCUGGGACAAUGAAAUGAACUGCAAAUAUGGGGUGAGAUGAAUGGAGAAUUUUCAGAUGUAAAUUUCUGGGGAUAAAGGAAUUAAUUUCAUAUUAGAGAUGAUUUAUUUUUGCGUGGUGACAGUGUCUCAAAACAGAAUUUUUCUUUCAUUGGAAAGAGUUUAAAAAGUAUUAAUGAAAUUAUUUAUAAUAUUGUGCUUGCAUGUAAGUAGAGGACAAACCAAUUUUGUUAAAUUAGAAAAUUACACUUGGUUUGCUUGCCAGGAAUAUGAUAAUUUUCAGGACUAUAUCUAAUUAGAAAAGUUAGAAAAAUAAAGGGAGUUUGUUUCGGUUAGCUUUUCAUGAAAUAAAAGCGUAGUUUCUAACAGUCCAAGACAGAAUCAUCUAGAAGAUUGCAGUUCCUCACAUUAUGAUUUUUUUCCAUGUUUUUGAUUCACACUGAGCUAUUUGAAAAAUAAAUUAAUCUCUUUUUUUUAACCUUAGGUAGCAAUAAGGAUAGAUGAUGGUAAUGCCUUGUGAAGAGCUACUUGAGUCAGGUUGUUUAGUUUAGUGUCAGUGCAAAUGGACAGAAUUUUUACACUUGCUUUUACCACUGUGGGAAAGAGCAGCUGUAUAGUUAUGGAAUUAUCAGCUAAAAGCAUGCUGCUAAAAGCCCAGCAAGACACUGACUUUUUAUGAAUGUAAAUGAUCCUUCUUAAAGUUAUCAGAAUGUUUUUCUGGACAUCUGUGUACUGUAGAGGCACAUAUUAAAAUAAAUAUUGCUAGCGUGUACAGAUAAAUUAAUGUAAUCAGAGGUCUAAGAAUUUUAUUUUUUUUUUAAUUUUACCAUCACACUUUCCCUUAUAUAAAAAACUGAGCCCUGUAUCCACAGAUGGCCAUAACACUGGCUUCCUUGCAUUUCCUCAGAAUACAGUCUUAAUGUCCACAGAGUGUCUCUGCCAUUUUUAGAAAUACUGGUCCAGCACAGCUCCAGCUUCCCUCCCUAGUUCAGGUUGUUGGCCCAGUCCAGCGCAGAUGAGCUGACCUUUGCUGGUCUCCCAUCACUCUUCUAUCUGCAAAAAAUUUCCAAGUUAUGUCUAGAAGCCCUCUGGCCUUCAGGUUCCUUCUCCAGAGCUCCAUUCCUUUAUCUGUUUUGUAUUCUAUAUACGGCUCUACACAUGACCAUACCACGAACCUGGAUCCUAAAGGGCAAGAAGCUGCAAAAACAGAAGCUCUGCUCCACGUGAGCCUUUCCCAGCAGGGGCUGUGGCUAGGUAGUUGUUUUCCCUAUGGAACAGGAUUGACCAGCCUCCCUGUUUCUGAAAGCACAGAUUUAGAUCUUGGAUCAGAUCCGCUGCCCUAGACUUCUGACCAACCCAAUGUUUAAGUCUCCAACCUAAAAAUAAAAAAAAGUUUUAAAAAGUUUUGGUCUUCAGUGAACAGAUUGGCAAAAGUGAAUAAAUGUGUUUUAGUUUGGACAUAUUAUCAUGUUUGAACCUUUGUGUAUCUUGCAUAAAAAUUCUUAGAGUGGAUUAGGAACUUCAGGGGAUAAAACUGUGUUCAAGACAAUUUGCAUCUGUGUGACAAGAGACUGGUGCCAUUUGAUGUGAAAAUCUGUAAUUUUGAAAAGAGGAUCAUAUGAAUUCGCUCUUAGCCUUUCACAACGUCUGUAAACCUAUGCAAGAUGUAUGUUGUUGUUAUAUUAUGGGAUCAAAUGCACUGAUGUUAAUCAAAGGUACGUGCUUCAUGUUCCUCCGGGAUAUGGCUAUUUUGGAUUGCUCUACACUGUAUAGAAAAUGUAGGCAGGAAAAUAAGUUCUGAAUUGUUCUUGAGAGACAACAUUUUAAAAGUUUUUUUCAAAAAGUCACUUUUUGCAAUACAUUAUUUUCUUGUGCUGUACGUACAGUUUUUUAUGGCCAGAUACUAUUUAUGACUCCUAUUUCUGCUAAGAUUGAGUUUAAUUUCAUUAUUGAAAUAAAAAGUGGGUUUUUUUGUGUUUGUGUUCUG